ACAAACCAGAACCUCUCAAACUCCUGCCAUACUAUGCACAGCCCUUUCACACACAUGAAUAUAUGCUCACUCUCAGGCACACGUGUGAACACUUAGUUACAUUAAAGUGAAAGUGGGUGUGAGCCGAACCUCAGAGCUGAGCAGAAGUUUGCUGAAGAACAAUCAGAGCAGCCGACGGUGGAUAACACUGAGCUAUAGUAACCCCCUGAGAACAGCAGGGAACAGCAUGUCAGUCUACCUGUUCCUUCUCAUCCUCAGCGAGGUCCUGCUCCCCAACCUCACCUGUGCAUCCAGAGUGCGCAGAGAGACCACUAAGGUUCGGAUCAGUGCAAUUGGAGACACCAUCACGUUGAAGUUCCUGCAACCAGACAUGGACACCAAGCUAGAGGGCUACAUCCUGGGUUAUGGCAGAGACCUGUUCUCUAAACAGUUCAUGCCACUCCCUGAGGAUGGGGAACCAUAUGAAACUGAAAUUGAUGCUGAGCCAAAAUAUCUAGUUGCAGUACAGCCAGUCAAAGGGGAUAAAGUAAAGAAAGAAUGUGCAGGGAACCAAAGUUUAAAAAAACCUUUGCAUCUGGUGAUUGGAUCUGUGACACCGACCUCAGUUAUGCUGUCCUGGGGCACACUGCUAAAUACCCUUUCCACUGAAACCAACCUGGAUGACUGUAUUGAUGAUGGUCACUACACUGUGCGAUACAGGGAGAAGGAGCCCAGAAAGAAGUGGAGUUAUCAGACAUGUCCCACCACUGUUACAGUUAUUGACCAACUCAAACCAGAAACACCUUAUGAGUUUGGGGUCCGAGCAGUAUCUGAGAAUGGAGUCUGGAGCCCUCCAAUAACCCACAACACAGCGGACAGAGACAUUAAUAAACCAGUGGUGCCUGAGAACAUUCUGAAGUCUAUGAAACCCAUCACUGAAAGCCCUCAAGCAUCCUCCCCAUCUGUGCCUGGUGUGUCCAGUGUGGCGCCGGUCAGUUCAGCUUCCUUCCUUCAAGCAAAAGAUAUGGCCAUUCAUAAACCAGUGAAGCCUAAGAAGUUUCCAAGACCUAUGAAGCUCAACACUGAAAGCCCUCAAGCUUCCUCCCCCUCACUGCCUGUUCUAUACACUGUGACUCAGAGCAGACCAGCUUACCUCCACGGACCCCCAGCUCCCCCUCCCAUUCCAAGAGUAACUCAAGACAUUCAUAAACCUCUAAAACCUGAGAUAUUUAUAAAGGCGGAGGCACCCAGCACAGAAAGCCCUCAAGAUUUCUCUCCCUCAGUGCCUCUUCUGCCCAUUGUGAUGCAAACCCAAAGCCCAGCCUCGACCCCCACACACCAAUCACCCACUUCUACACAGAGGGUGAAUGAAGACACUCAUAAACCACCGACUUCUGAGAACAUUCUGAUGCCUGAUAAGCCCAUCACCGAAAGCCCUCAAGCUUUCUCCCCCUCAGUUCCUAUUGUGCAUAAUGUGACUCACAGCAGACCAGCUUCUGUCCUCAGACACACAGCACCUCCUCCUAUACCAAGGGUAACUCUGGGACCAGGACGCGAUGACAUAGGAACCUCAAGUCCAUCUGAAGAUUCAUUGUUCUUGACCCAGACACUCACAUCAACUCACACACCAAUGAGUAAUUUAACAACCACCAAUAUUCAAACUCACCAUUCUACUACAUCAUCUCUUUCAGUGUCACCCCAACAACCAUUUCACACAACCGGAUCUCAAAUGCCUACAAAUAAAACUUUAUUUAACACACCCAACACAAAGACCAACACAACCAAAACUGCAGUAUCCAGCACAGUUAAAGCUCAACUUGACUUACCCCCAAAGAAAAGAACCCAACUCAAAAACCCAACCCAACCCCAACCCGAGUCUAGCACAAGAAAAUACCAAUAUAUCCAGCCAUCCACAUCCAGCCAUCCAAUACAGCCAUUCACAGUCCAACUUAGAACAACCCAGUUUCAACAACACACAGCCAAAUAUCCUCUUAAAACAGCCCAACCAAAGCCCAGGUCACCUAAACCCUAUAUAAUACAUCCUCAGGUUAUUUUAAAUCAGUCCCAACCCAGCACAACCAGAGGCCAACUCAAAAUGACGCUUGAAACAAUCACAAAAAAUCUGAUCCCCACUCAACCCAAACCCAAUCUAUUACAACCCAACCCCAACCCAAACCCCUUAUAACAGCCCCAACCUUCCACAACCCAAUCUCAACCCAAUACUUCUCAACCCCAACCCAUUACAAUACAAACUCAACCCCGCACGACUAAGGCAGAAAAUAGCAUGGAAAUACGCAAGCAAGGAACAACUAAAACUCAACCCACUACGAUGCAAUCUCAUUCUCAAACAAACCAACCCAAACCCAUUAAAACCCAAAAUAAGAAAAUCCAACAAACAACAGUAAAACCCAAACUUACCACAACCCAAUCCAAACCCCCAAAAAAGCAACAGAAGCCCAGAAAACAACCCCAACCAAUCAAAACUCAAUCCAAUACAGGUAAAUACCAACCUAACUACAGGUCCAGUCAACAGCCUGUCACAAAACAAAACCCAAAAUUUAUAACAAAACCCAAAUUGGCACAUGAACGCAAAACAUUAGAGGAGUUAAGCACUACUGAAUUCCAAAAACAACCUGACAUUUACCCAACAAGUUCUACAAUGAAACAUUUUAACACCAGCACAUGGCAAAAUUAUCAAACCAAGCUUACCCUCAUGACUAAGCCAAUGCAACCAGUACAAACACCUUCAGAAAAACCAAACACCCAUUACUUGCCUUGGCGUGAAGAGAAGCCGGUCACCAAGAUCUCCCCAGUCAGCAAAAAGGCUCCGAGCCAGUCACUGGAUGGACAUCUAACAAAGCCUGUUCUUGUCAGUGGGGCAACGGAUAGGAACCAGGGCCAAGACACAUCUUCAACAUCUGAUUUUUUGGCACACACUUCAGCACCUACAGUAACCAAGCGUUUCUCUACAGUUUCUCUUCCAAAUCCAAUAAGGAUGCCUCCUACCAACUCCUCUGCCAAGACACAGGCGUACUAUGGGAAGUACUGGGACAAAUCACACAAGGGGCCUAAAAAGCCUGAAUUAAAUGAAAUUGAGAAGCAGACAAACCAGGUGGACAAAGAUGAGAGUGACGAUAAAGUAAUUGAUCUAAAGGUGGUGGGUGCAGUACCUGAUAUGAAACCUUCACCUGCUCCUCCUAUCAUGGAUCAAAAGACACCCACAACCACACCAUUUUUUGCUAAUAAUGGUAGCCGGUAUAACAUUGGUGACAACUCCUCCAUAUUUAGUUCUGUUCCUGUCUCUGAAGUUGACCCAAUGGGAAAGAAACGCUUUAUAGCACCUCAUGUGGUCUAUCAGAUAGACAAGCCUCCAAAGAAGCCAUGUUCUGUCACUAAUGCUCUCAGCCACUUCCCUGAAGAAGAAAAUGAAGUAACAAGCAUCUCAGGCCCACCCAAGACCGCUCCCACCAACCUCACUGUGGUUACUGUGGAGGGAUGUCCCUCAUUCGUCAUUAUUGAUUGGGAUGGAACCGAUAAUGAGACAACAGCAUAUGAAGUCACUUCUUCAGUUAAAAGUCCGAAUGGACAAGUUGUAUCUGUUGUAACAACCAAUCAGACACACACAGCUGUGGAGAACCUGAAACCAGAGAGCAGUUAUGAGUUCACAGUAACACCUAAAAAUGAGCUUGGUUCAGGACCAUCCAGUGAGCCGGUGUCCUUCAACACUGAAUCGGCGGACCCUCGGGUGAGCAAAGUCCCAACUGGUAAAAAUGCCAUCUGGUCAUCGUUCUCAUUUAAAGCAGAUGGCUAUUCCGAGUGCACUGGAACCCAAUAUGUGAAACGUACAUGGUAUCGCAAGUUUGUUGGAAUUCAGCUGUGCAACUCACUCAGAUACAAGAUCUACCUGAGUGAUUCACUAAAAGGGAAGUUUUAUAAUAUUGGGGAUGAGACUGGAUAUGGAGAGGAUCAUUGUCAGUUUGUUGAUUCCUUCCUGGAUGGACGGACCGGCUUGCUGCCGCCACACCAGUUACCACUCAAACAAGGUUUUUUCCGGGCCAUGCGCCAGGAGCCUGUGAGGUUUGGAAAGAUUGGGGGUAGCACCCAAAUCAACUAUGUCGCCUGGUAUGAGUGUGGAGUCCCCAUUCCUGGGUCAUGGUAGGAAUGCUGAUGCUUUCUGAGGAUGUGCCCUGAUUAGAAUGUAUACUGUGUCAUAGAUGAUGAAGCUGACAAUGUAUAAAUAUGUACAGAAAGGGGAAAAAAAGGAAAGGAAACACGUUCUAUUGUGUAUUAUUCGCAGUAUCUAAUGGCACAUAUUAAAUGCUUAAUACUAUUUAUAUGCAGAACAAAUUUAUCAGACACGUAGAGAAAUAGCAGAGUUUAUGACAGUACGGGGUAGCAGGCUCCCUGAAUGUUUAAAACAUGUAAAUUAUUUAUCAAGAUGCCUGGGAUAACAUACGCAGUAGUUUCCUGGCAAAUUGGCAAAAGUAAUCACAUAUGCAAAAAAGGUGGGAAUUGGUCAUAAUAAGCAUCGAUGUAAUUAAUAUACAGUAAAACACCUGAGAUGGGAAAUUUCAUGCAUUGGGGCUAAUACACAUGCACGUUACCAGAAUCAACAUUGAAAAUGGUUUUGCGUUGUCCUCUUUUGCAAGUUUUGCAAAAUAGGUGCAGCACAUUUGGCAAAUAUACACCGGUCAGCAAUAACAUUAAAACCACUGACUGGUGCAAAGGAUCUCAUCUUAGUCAACUUUUUUAAUCAUCUGGCAACUUUCAACUUGUGAAAUAUAUUAGACAGCGUGUGACCAGUCGGGACUCAAAGCUGAUUUGUUGGAAGCAUGAAAAUUGGAAUGGCUAGACGACUGGGUCGGCGCAUCUCCAAAAUGACAAGUCUGGUGGGGUGUUGCCAGUAUGUAGUGGUUUCGGUCUAUGAUAAGUGAUCCAAAACCAAGGAACAACCAGCGAGUGUCUUAAGCUUAUUGAUGUGUGGGGACUGGAGGCUAAAGCACCUGGUCCAAUCCCAUGGAGUACUUACUGCUGCAAAAAUUGCUGGAACAGUUAAUGCUGGGUAUGAUAGAAGAGUGUCAGUACACACAGUGCAUCACAGUUUGUUGUGUAGCUUCAGAUCGUUUAAAAUACCGAUGCUGGAACCUGCCAGCACUAAAAGCACCUACAUUUGGCACAGGAGCAUCCGAACUAGACUUUGGAGUAAUGGAAGGUGGCCUCAGGGGUAGUGUGAUGCCAUCUGGGCAAUCUUGUUGCUGGGAAAACUUGGGUUCUAGCAUUCAAUGUGUACACUGAUCUGACAUAACAUUAUGACCACCUGCCUAAUAUUGUGUUGGUCCCUCUUUUGCUGCCAAAACAGUUCUGACCUGUCGAGCAUUAACAGCAUUAACUUCUUCAGCUAUUUAAACUACAGGAGCUUGUCUGUUAGAUUCCACACGGUCCAUCCUUUGCUCCUCACAUGCAUCAAUGUGCCUCGGCCGCCUAUGACCCUGUCGCCAGUUCACUACUGUUCCUUCCUUAGAGCACUUUUGAUAGACCACUGCAGACCAGGAACAUCCCACAAGAGCUGCAGUUUCGGAGACGCUCUGACCCAGUCGUCUAGACAUCACAAUUUGUUAAACUCGCUCAAAUUCUUACGCUUAGCCAUUUUUCCUGCUGCUAAAACAUCAACUUUGAGGACAAAAUAUCCACUUGCUGACUAUGUCCUACACAUAAACAGGUGCCAUGAAGAGAUAAUAAGUGUUAUUCACUUCACCAGUCAUAAUGUUAUAAUGUCAGUGUUAUUCCUGAUCGAUGUGUAUGUGAAUACGCUAAAUUAAACCCUCAUGCUUAUUUAGUCUCGCAGCUUUUAAACUUAUUAUAAGAUGUUACCAUGAAGAUAAACGUUGAUAUGUUGAAUGUUGAUCAGCUGUUGGGAGAUUCAGGUGUAUUGCAAUAUUAACACUAUUUAAAAAGGUGCUUUGGACACGAAUGAUUUCUAGCGAAUGCUAGAAAAUGUAUCACUUUUAUUGAUGAAUACUUUGCGGUUUCUAUGUGAAGGUGCAAAAAAUAAGAAAUAAAUAUUUUUUUCUCUGUUUCUUUA